CGCUGUGCCCAUUGCAACUGCAGCAGCGUCUGCUGAGCGAGGAGUCCCGGGACGUGGUUUCGACACUUUAGGUCAACCAACCAUCCACCAUGGCAACUAAGCAGUCUCAACAAUCUGGAACGGACCAAUUGGCUGACAAUCUAAUCCGUUUGGAUCCUUUGGUUACUGCAAAUAUACAGUUUGCUCUUGAUCUGUUCAAGCACUUGGAUGAACAGAACAGUGAUGGCAACAUCUUUGUGUCUCCCUUUAGUAUAUCAAUGGCACUGGCCUUGGUAUAUCUGGGUGCGAAAGAGAAGACAGCCACUCAGAUGGCUCAGAUGCUUGGUUUUGAUGAAGUCAAAGACGUCCACUCGGAAUUUCACAAACUGCAAACUGAAUUAAUCAACCCGAAAGCAAAGUAUUCCUUGAAGUUAGCCAAUCGCCUCUACGGGGAGAAGACCUACGAGUUCCUUCCAGAUUUUCUUGCCGCUUCUCUGGAAUAUUAUCAAGCAGGGCUGGGAGCUGUUAACUUUCUUAAAGCAGCAGAGACGGCUCGACAAGAGAUCAACAGUUGGACUGAAGAACAGACUGCAGGACAAAUCCAAAAUUUAUUGGAGAAAGAUACUGUUGGCUCUGACACAAGUCUUGUCCUUGUGAAUGCCAUUUAUUUUAAGGCGAAAUGGGAACAUACAUUUAAGAAAGAAAAUUCGUUCACUGGACAAUUCAAGCUAAAGAAGAGUAUAACCAAAGAUUUGGAAAUAAUGCAGCGAACUGGAUUUUUACUUUACUUUCACAAUCGUGAAUUUGCGUUCAAGAUCAUUGAACUCCCAUAUGUUCAGGAUGAACUCAGUAUGGUCAUCUUACUGCCAGAUGACGACAAUGGACUUGAAACUCUUCAGAAGAGUUUCACUCUUAAUCGUCUGAGAAAUUGGACCAACCCAAAGAACAUGUCCAUGACAUCUGUUCGAGUCACUCUCCCCAAAUUCAAGCUGGAAGAGAAAUAUGAUCUUUCAUCAAUCCUCCCCAACUUGGGGAUGGUGGAUGCUUUCGAUAGGAAGAAAGCCAACUUCUCUGGAAUGAGUGAGGGAAAAGAUCUGUCAGUGUCAAAAGUCAUUCAUCAGUCCUUUGUUGCAGUUGAUGAGGAAGGCACUGAAGCAGCUGCUGCAACAGCAGCCGUCAUAGUACUGCAAUGUCUAAUUAUUUCCCGUGAAGAAUUUAAGGCUGAUCAUCCAUUCCUGUUUUUCAUCCGCCACGCAAAGACACAGAGCAUUUUAUUUUAUGGAAGGCUAACCUCUCCUUAAAUGCAGUGCCUUGUCAGUCAAUUACUUUCAUAGUAAUUUUGUCAAUGUCUACAAUUGUAAGUUUGAGAGUAUGGUCAUUGGAACUUUUUAAUAAUCUAAAUCAUUGCCAAGGAAUUUGCUUGGAAAUUAAAAUGUUCAUGGUGGUUGAGAGGUGGGGUAGAAUUUAGUCAAAUUUACGUAUUGAGUUUUAUCAUAUUAACAAUUAUUAUAAUUUUAUCAUUGAGCUCUUAACUGGUGAGGGAAUGUAAAUUAUAUUACAUAGUCAUUUUGUAAAAUGAGGGGCCUAUUGUAAAGAGAGGAGCUUGUCUCAUGCUAAAAAUGUGUAAUCCAUUAGUCUAGGCAUGAAAGUUACACAUUUGUUAUCACCAACGUGCGAUAGAAGUGGACAAUGGGCUGAAGAACUUUGGACACCAUCCCACCUCAUUUAUCAGUACUCUUGCCAAAACAUCUUAAUUUGUCCACUUGGAGACACAGACCUCUCCACUACCCCCAUUAAAUAAUUUUGUUGUCUUGGUGAAAUUUUCAUUUGUGAAUCUGAAGGAUUUUGUCUCAGAAUUUAAACUGGUAAAUAACUUGUUGAUUUCAAUCUGAUUUUUUAAAAAACAUUAAAAAAAACAAAACAGUUUAGAUCCAUAUACCUCAUCGUGGUAAUCUUAAGUGGUCUAAGUUGAUAUUUAGUUCUUUUAUCUAUCUGGCCGGCUUUUGGGACACUUUGUUUCCAAGUUAAAAUAAAAUCAUUAAAGCAUGUGAAGUGUGGUAACAAAUAAAUAAAUUCUUGGAAUGGGCAUUGGGAGUAGUGGAUUUAGCUGAGGAGACAACUUUAAUGCUAAAGCUUUUGAUAAAUAAUAAUAAUAUAAUAAUAAGUUUAUUUAUAUAGCACAUUUAUAGUCAAUUUUCAUUGACCCCAAAGUGCUUUACAUAAUUUAAAAAUCAGUUCCAUACAAAGCAUAAAGAUGGGUUAACAAAAUAAUAAAAUGCAUAAACAGGACACAACAUGUAACAUAAACAUCCACCACAGCAUUCAUCACUGUGGUGGAAGGCAAAAAAAAAAGUUUGGCCGUCCUCCUCCAUUCCUACAAUGACCUUGAUACUGAAGUAAUUGUUCUCAAGUUUGUCAUAAUUGCCUUUCCAACAAUUGUCAAAACAAUGCUUUCAGCCGCCUUUAUGGCGUGUUUGCUGCAAAAAUAAAAGUUCUGAGCAAUUUGUUUA